AUGGACAAAGCCAUUCAACUCAAAGUCUACGCAGGUGAAGCCAAUGAUCUGAGCAGCAUUGUCGAAAUCAAUGACACCACAACCGCUGAAGACAUUUUGACUAAGGUCGCCCCUAAACUCUUGCAUAUAAGUGUUGAUCGGCUUCAGGAAUACGCAUUAUUUAUUGUAAUGAGUUCAGAAACACCAUUAAAAGAAAGAAUGCUGGCUCCUUUUGAGUGCCCUUACCAAAUUCUGGUAUAUUUUAUAUAGCAAAGAACUCAACCAAGCCAGAAAUACUAUCACGUCGUAAAAAGCAGCCAAAUUUCACCGAGUUUGGUUGACGAUAAUGUUUCAGUCAUGGAAGCUAUUAAAGACGAAGAAAUUAUUAGAGAAGGAGGGCUGAAGAAAUACACCGGGACAAAAUGGAAAGACAGGUACUUUAUAUUGGACUCUAAAUGCAUUUACUAUGGGAAAAGCAAAAAGAUGCUGGCUAAAGCAUUCUCAAGGAUUGACUUAGAAGCUGUUUCAGUCACCGUAAGCUAAAGUUAGGAUGUGGAGGAGUCAAGAUUUGGAAAAUACUGCUUUCAGCUUGUUACCCCACAUAAGGUGUAUGUUCUGAAAGGGAACAACACAGAAAACAAACAAAAGUGAAUGCAAAGCAUAUCAAAGCAAUGCAGCAUCACGUCAGAAAAUAAAGCAUUUGAAGAGCUGAACGAAAAAAUAAGGAAAGCUGAAAUGCUGAGAGCGGCAAGGGAUGAAAAAUUGGUGGCAGACUGCCAAGAACUUCAAACUUUGGUCAGCUUUACUGAAGGUAUGAAGAUGCUGGCGCCAUUGAUCCCUGACAAAACGCUAAGAGACUGCAUGGUAGAAAUUUCAGAGUAUAGAGCUAAUGUUGAAAGUAAACCUGCCCAAGCUUUGAUUAAGGGAGGAGAACUGCUAGAUUUCCUUGAAGAACUUGGAGAGGACGAAGGAUAUCUUAAUAAGCAUGAAAUUGAAGAAAAAAGAUCCUUGCUUUUUGACUGAAAAAAUGCAAGAUCAAGUGGAAAUGCGAGAAAUAGCUUAAAUCAUGAGCUUUUUGAUGAUGUUUUCAGAAGAUGUACAGAAAUUGUAAAGGAUAAAUAUUUUGAUGAUAUCAAAAAAAGUGUCGAAUUUCAAGCAAGACUUUGCAGGCUGCCUGCAAGGAUUUGGCAGAACAGGGUGAGAUCGAAAAGGAUAGGGCAGAUUUUUAAUUAG